AUGCCGAACCUCUCGUCCCUCGAUCUGUCCAACCGCAGCGUGGAUUCGAUCACCGACGCUUUUCUUGCAGGGCUCGCUAAGGCAUGUCCGCAGUUAUCGUCUCUCUCCCUCACGGCCGGAGGACACGGGUCCUCUCUCUCUCACUCCUCACUGGGUCUCGAAGCCCUUUUCUCCACGUGUAAGCGCUUGCAGCAGCUCCGUUUGCACGGUACAGCUGCUGGGGUCACCUCUCUCCCGUCACCCUUACUGCAUCUGCAGCAGCUGAAGACUCUCCAUCUAUCCAUGGAUCAUCUUCGGGAACUACCGCCUGCCUUUGGCCUCCUCUCCUCCCUCACUCACCUCAAUCUCCACACUCCCCUCCUUCAAUUCCUUCCUCCAACCCUGGGCAGAUUGCGUGACCUAGAAUCUUUUGAGCUUGUCGAUUGCGACUCUCUCGUUUCGCUGCCCGAGUGUAUCGGGCAGCUGUCAAAACUCAGCCAUCUGGGCGUGAGCAGCAGUAGCCUGGUCCUCCUCCCUGAUUCCAUCUCCCUCCUCUCCCUCACUUCUCUCGAUCUCAUCCUCCCCGCACUCUCUCUCCUCCCAGCAUCACUCGGCCACUCCUCCCUCUCCACCUCUCUCUCCCACCUCGCCCUCACCAUCUGCACCACACUCCACUCCCUCCCUGCGUCUCUUCCAUCCCUCCACACGCUUACAACAAUCGAGAUAAGCCAGUGCUCCUUGUCAGCCCUCCCGGACGAUUUUGGAUUCCUGCCUGCGCUGCAAACGCUCGAGCUGAAUGCCUCGAUGGGGAAGCGCGGCGACGUCAUGAUGGUGGCGAGAGCGGCGGUGGUGGCGCUGGUGGUGGCGCGCUGCUGCAUGCCCCUCGCACGCGCUGCUCCCGUGGUGGACGCUGACAGUAAGCCGGUGCAGCCUUGUCCCCCCCCUGCCCACGGCUCUCCUCGCAUUGUCCCAUCUCAAGGAUCUAUCCAUUGCCUAUUUCACAACAGCAGCAGCCCCACACCUGCUGCCUGCGUGCCCCCUCCUGCUCUCUCUUCUCUCCCCUCUACUGCUCCACUGACACUCCUCUCCUAUCCCCCAUUGCUUCAGCUGCUCUGCUCUGCUGCCCUCUGUCCCCAAUCGCCUCUUCCCCCCUUACUCCCCCCCCUGCCAUCUCCCCUCCCUGUAAUUUCCCCUGCCUGCCGUCUCCCUCCCUGCCAUUGCCCCUCCCUGCCGUCUUCUCUUUCUGCCCUCUCCCCCAUGCCUGCCUGCCACGCCCCAUCAAUGCAGCAGCACCGCCUCUCACGGCAAUCUCAAAGCUUCCCUGGCCCCUCACACCCCAUCUGGCCCCUCACACCCCAGCUGUCCCCUCACACCCCAUCUGGCCCCUCACACCCCAUCUGGCCCCUCACACCCCGUCGCCAUGAUCUCUUUGCUCCCAACUGCAUCGACUACUGCUCCCCACUCCAGUCCAUCUCCUGCCACUCGUUUCUUUCCUUCAGCCGCUGGUCAACCUUCUUCUCUCUUCUGCACCAUCCUCCGAUGAUGCUAAACACUCCACCUGCUCGGUGCAUGCGUGGUGCAAGCAGGCAUUUGUUCGGCAACCAUCUACUGGAGUCACUACCGGAGCAGCUCUCCCAGCUGCAGAAGCUGCAGUCUCUGCACGUGUCGCAUCAUGAUCAACUGUCUGGGGAGCUGCCUGCGUGGAUCUUCAGCCUCACAGACUUGACUUCACUGGACAUCCGGCGCAACAACUUUUCAGGCUCCAUUCCAGAGGCAAUCAGCAGCCUCAAGCAGCUGCGGGAGUUACGCAUCACGGAGCCAACGCUGUCAGGGUCCAUCCCCGAGUCAAUAGGAGCGCUCACCAACCUGGAAGAUCUGGAUUUUCAAGGCAGCCGCAGCCUGAGUGGCACCAUUCCCGCGUGCCUCGGCAACCUCACCGGACUCACCGUAUUGAAUCUUCGCAAAUGCGGUCUCUCAAGCUCCAUUCCAGAGGCAAUCAGCAACCUCAAGCAGCUGGGGGAGUUGGAGCUGAGUGGCAGGGAGCUGAGUGGCAGGGAGCUCAGGGAACUGAAGGACAACAGCCUGAGUGGCACCAUUCCCGCCUGCAUUGCCCACCUCACCGCACUCAUCACCCUUAGUCUUGACAACAACCGCCUUGCAGGGUCGAUACCUGCUGCAAUCACCACGCUCACCAAUCUUGUAUACCUGGACUUACGGAGCAACAAUCUGAGUGGCACCAUUCCCGCCUCCAUUGCCCACCUCCAAGGACUCGGCUUCCUGUGCGCCCAUUCUCCCUCCAACCCCCCCUCUCCAUUCCUUCUUUCCACCUCGCUCUCUCUGCCAAGCAUGGGGGGUUUGAGAGGGUGGCUACAGCACUCACACUCUUCCACAGCGUCAUCUCUGCCUUCUUCUCCUCUCCUCGUCGCUUUUCCUUCUACCUUCUUCACUCUCUACUCUCCCUCUCCUCCUCUCUCUUAUCCUCUCCACCUCUCUCUUCUUCUACUUCCCUCCUCUGCCUCUUCUCCUCUUCCCCUCUUCCCCUCUGUUUCUUUCCUUCCCUCCAUGUCCCAUCAUCCACCCCUCUCCAGAGGACUUGGCAACAAUCGCCUUACAGGGACGAUACCUGCUGCAAUCACCACGCUCACUAAACUCGAUUACCUGUCAGUGUUCCCUCCUCGUUCGUCACUACACACAUGUCAUCUCUGA